AUGGGUCCUCAUGUUACAGAUACUGACGACCAGGCGAAUGGACCGACGCCAUACUCUUCCUCGCUGAAGCGGCUCAGCGCUCCACCUGUGUCCCCGCGGCUUCGCGUGCGGCCCUGGUGGUUCCCGGCGCACGAACUCAGGGAUCCUCUCGUGUUCUACAUGGAGGCCUGGGUAGCAGAAAUGAUCUUUGGCCCCAGUCAAGUCUUAAUCCCAGAAAUAGAGUGGUUAAGCCAGGCUUUGCUGAGAGUGGACAUUGUCGACCCUGGGAACGUAGCUGAAAUCACCAUCUAUGGACGACCCUCUGUGAAGAGUCGAAUGAGAAAUAUUAUUUUGCACCUGGCAGCUUGCCAUAAAGAAGAACAUGUCCAAAGAGCUACAAAGAUGAAACAACUUGAGGAAUUUUUGAAGACCCAUUCCCCAAACUCAAGAGACCAGGCAUGAGGCACUUGCUGACUGAGAGGCAGAGCAGCUUUCCGACCGUGGAAGUGAAGAGAAACAG